UUGUUUACAAUUUUGACAGCUUUGUCAAAUCGAAAAAAUUAUCCUGAAAAAUUUCCUUUUAAAAUAUAUAAAAAGCGGUAUUUUUUACAUAAACACACUAUAAUUUUGAUAUAAACUUAUAUAUUUUAUUGGUAUUAACAAGUACAGGUAGUUUAAGAACAAUAUAAAGGAUUGGUACACAAAGAACAAUGAAGUUUUAUGUGGUUUGGUCAAUAUUAAGUUUAGUACCCUAUAGUUUUGGUUUUUUGCAAGAUAAAUGUAUAAGUUUGUGCGAAAAAGAAAAAUUACCCGCUCUUGAACCGAAUACAUUUGAAAGAGUUGUCUGUCAAACAGGAUGCAGAUUUUUCAGUAUACUGAAAUUUACUGGAUUGGACAUAAAACUGGCUGCUAAAGACUGCCAAAUAUCUUGUAAUGAUUCGUUUGGCUUCACAAAAGAAAGAAAAGUGUGCGCCAUAGGAUGUCAUUUGAUUUCAUCUAAUACAGAGAAUGAUGUGAAAAUGCUGGUAGAACCUAUCAAUGAAAAAUCAAAGAACGAACUAGUAAUAGGCGAGCCGGAUACAGACUUACUGGAAAGUGACAUGCUUAUGUCGGAUCCAAGCUUUAAAAGUCAGCUAGAGAUCGGAUUCAACAUUGACUAUAAAAUACCCGAGACACAUAUAAGGACAAUGCCUAUUGAAAGAAAAAUUUAUGCGGUCAGAGUUGUAUUGAAAGACAGUUGGUUGGAGUGUGUUUCCAAAACUUCGGGCAUCCCACGUUGGAUACUAGCGUUGGUAUUGUUCGGAGCUUUUGUAGUAGUAAUAGGGAUAAUGGUAAUGUCUCUGGUCUCAAUCAUGGAACCAAAAAAAAAUGAAGAUCUAGAAUAUGGAGUAAUACUGGAGUUAUCCGAUGAUAUGUCUGUAAGGAAGACUUUGUUUGAAACAGCAUGUGAUAGUUUGUUACCAAAGUACUCUGAAACUGAUGAUAACUUACCACCAAAAUACGCAGAUGUAGUGAAAAAUCACGAAGAAGUCUAAAUUUCACAAAUAAUUUAUAUAUUCGAUGAUAAAAGGCUUGAGUGAUUUAAAAAAAUAAUUUUGAACUCACUGUAAGUAUAGAAAGGCACGUUAUAAUAUUUUAUAAAUUUUUUAAGGCUUGAUAUAUUGGAAUGUUAAAGAAUUAUUAAUAUUAACAACGAAAUUUUUAUAUAUUAUACUGUUUUCGUUUAAAAGAAUGCAAGAAGACUUGUUUAUAAGAUUAUAUUUUUUGUGUUGAAGUCUGUGACUUGUGAUAUAUAUUUUUGAAUUUGGAUCUCAUACUAAUGCCAUGCUUUUAGACUUAAGUAAGUUUUUUAUUACCCAAAGAAUGUUUCAUAUUAGUUUUUUACUUUAUAUUUUAUACCAUACAUUUAGUUUCAAUUUUAUAGAAUUGUACAAUACAUAAAAAUAAAAUUAUUCUAUCAAAUAUUGAAACUAGAUGUUACUUCAUUGUACACGAGAAACUCUUUUUCCAAGAUUACUAUAAAUAGUCAUUAAGCAAUAUUAUAAUGUAUGUAUUUUGUGAAUAUUUCAAAUGUAUAUUUACCUUAUUGUGAUUGAAACUACUUAAAAAUUAAGCUAUCUAUUGGAUAUUGUAGAGCAAAUUGAUUUUUUGCAUUUACCUCUUUAUUUUUAAAGAAUUUCUCUUGAUAUUGCGUAACCGUGUACAAUUAAAUAUACCAAAAAUUAGUCUGUAAAGUUUAAAAUAAAAUUUUAACAAAC